UUGAUCGUGUAAUGGAAACUUCAUUGGAUUGACGAAAAUAUUGUCAAAAAAAUCAAAACUGCUCAUCAAUCCAACAAUACUUUCUCUCCAGAGAGAAACUGUUAAAUAUGUGCAAUAAUCUCUUAUCUCUAUAUUUUAAUAUUCAUUUGCAAUAUUUUAAGCUCCAAACGCUUGAUUUUCUCGAAAAAUGCGGACUCCAGUUACCAAGUCAAUUGGAUUGACGGUAUUGACAAUACUUUGGAUUGACAAUAAUAUUGUCACGUGUAAGGGCUGCUAAAGUUCGUGCAAUUUUCAUUGAUAAAAUACAGAUGUACUAGAUAUUGUGCAGUCAUCGAUAUAGUGAAAUUUCUGGUUCAAACUUUAAUUAUUGUCUAUAGCAAGCAUAAUCAAUAAGUAUAAUGUCCAACAAAAUUGAAGAAGCGCAGGAACACAUUCGCCAAGCAGAGAAAUGCUUAAAAACAUCUCUUCUGAAGUGGAGACCGGACUUUGACUUAGCUGCUGAUGAGUAUAAUAAAGCAGCAACAUGUUAUCGGAAUGCAAAGUCACUUGAUAUGUGCAAGGAAUGCCUUCUGAAGUCGUCUGAUUGUCAUCGUCAAAAUCGAGCCAUAUUCCAUGCAGCCAAAUGCUUAGAUCAAGUGAUUCUCAUCUGCAAAGACAUGAACAACCUGACAGAGGUUCGUAAGUACGCCGAGAAAGCUUGCAAUCUUUAUCAACAGCAUGGUUCUCCGGAAUCCGGAGCCGCAACACUAGACAAAGCUGCCAAGAUUCUUGAAGCCACCCACCCAGAGGAUGCACUCCAGCUGUACAAGCAAGCAGUUGAUGUGGUGACGAUUGAAGAUUCAUCAAGGCAAGGUGCUGAGUAUGCCAGUAAAGUCGCUCGCAUCAUGGUCAAAUUGGGAAUGUACGAUCAGGCAGCAGACGCCAUUCGUCGAGAAAUUGGUCUUCAUCAGCAGGUUGGAUCGGAUGCGGCCAUCGGUAGGCUGGCGGUCGUUUUGGUACUAGUGCAAUUAGCUCGCGGUGAUUACGUGGCAGCUGAGAAGGCCUUCAAGGAAUGGGGAAACUGUUGCGACGCUGCCGAAGUGCAAACAUUGGAGUCCUUACUGCAGGCGUAUGACGACGAAGACCCCGAGUUGGCAGCUCGUGCUUUAUCUUCUCCGUUCAUUCGACACAUGGAUGUUGAGUAUGCUCGUCUGGCACGAGAUCUGCCUCUACCGAAAGGAAUGGCCAUUGCACCAAAAGCAAGUGUUAUCGAGAAUGCUGCCGCUUCCUACGUUUCUCCCAACAGUGGUGGUGCUGCCGAGGGUUCAGGAACUGGUCUCGACGAUGUGGCGGAAGGUGGUCUGUGUUAGUGUAUGUAUACUGAAAAACUGAUUGUGCGAAACAAGUUGUGUGAGAUGGGCAAAACUAAUAUUGUGACGUUUAUUGUUGUUAUUAGUAAGUAUAUUUAAUAUAAAUAGAACAUAUAAAUAUAUUUUAAAAUUGGUCUAGCUUUAUGCAAAAGCUCCCUAAGUAAGAGUAAGUUUUCAUCUUCGGUCAGCAGCAGCGCUGUAAUGACGAUUUCGUUCAAGGUAGUCGGACGGAGACUAGUAGUUAUAUAGUAUUUCCUAAAAAAAUUUGCUUUUCUCUAUCAGAAAAAAUUGCCAUUAGUAGUCUCUUACUCUCGAAGAAGUGUAUUUAAAUUAUAAAAAAUUAUAAAAUCAUGUACAUCAUAAGAAAACACUAUUUUCUUUAUGUUACAAUUUUGAAUCAACAGUAUUACGUCCUUGAAUGAAUACGAAACAAUGAAGAAACAUUUAAAGAAGGCUCUCAGACGUAUUUAGCGUGAUAAAAGUUUUGUGCUUACUAUGAAUACAGUAGCUGCUCUUGUACAUACAAAAUCGCUUAUGCAAUUUAUUUGAAAUGUAAAUGUUCGAACUAGAGCGAGUAACUGUUUGCAAUAUAUUCCUGUUCUUCUAUUAAUUUCCAGCACUAAAUUAGUCCUAUUUCCCGUAAUACUGUAAGUUUUGUGACUAUGACAAAUCAAAUUUAACUUGAUGGUACAGUGAGAUUUGAUUGAAAGAAUAUCUUGAAAGUUUGAAAGGAAAAAUAAUAUCAGAAAGUGUAUCUAGUUUACAGUCGUUUACGGUAAACGCCGAAAUUAACCCAGUUCCGGCCACAACUACUGUCAAAUCAAUACAGGGUUGAUUUAUGUUCAAGUGAAAAUGUAACUGUGUUAUGUCGUGUCCUUUUUUAUGCCAAAUCUAACACAGUUUCGACCAUAACUGCUGCCGAACCGUUCGUUUGAAGUCAGUUUUGAACCUGAUCCUAAUAUUGGGUUUACUCAUGUCACUACUGUUAGAUCCGAACACAACUCAAUUGCGUAAAAAUUGCUUGUGUUAAGACACUAAUCUCAGUUAGUUUUAAGUGUUUCAAACAAGAAUGAUAUUCACAUCUGAUCGGUGCGCGACAGCUAGGAACAAAGCUGUCGCGCACCGAUCAAAUAUAAAUAUUAUUCUUGUUAAUCUAUUUGCUUAUGCAUUUAUUGACAAAAUAUGAUAUUCGAACUUUAACACAAUCGAAUGAUUCAAUAUAAGAAAUUAUAAAUGCUAUGGUGCAAAUAAAUGGUUUAAGAACAAUAUAGUUUUUUUUGUAUUGGUAGAACAACUGCGUCUAUUUAAGCCAUUCAGAAAUCACACACGUAAAACCGAGUGCUUCUCGUUUAUUUUUGAGGUGAGAAAAUUUAUAGAGGGUUUACAGUUUAAAAUCCGCACACACAAUCUCGAGUUUUUAUCCGAUUAUCACCAGUACAAAUCGCUUGCCAAAUUAUGAACUUUUUGGAGAACUUCGAGUUUUGGUUUUCUGUACAAAAGUCUUGCCCAAAUGCAACUUGAGACGUUCGGAUUUCGUUUGAUGACUCCAACCACGCGAUUGUGAUCGUUCUCGAUGACCCAACAGCUUCUUUCGGAUUUUCGCUUCAAACGGUCUUAGGAUCGUUUUAUGAUACCAUACAUCGUGAAAUUCGCAAUUUCCAGCCUUUUUUCGAAUAAACAAUACACAUUAAACUAUACCAACACAAAAUUUGAAUUAGCGGAUCAACAAUUAGAGCAAUUUGAGCGGAUUUGAAAUGGUCAACCUUUUAAUAGAUAUAACAAACCACCUCUUUCAUCCGAUUGAGCGGCUGAUCCAGAUUGAUUCCUGUCUCAUGCGACCACAACGUGGGCGAUUCUUAUUCUCCAUAGAACUUCCGGGUGUCCUUCACGCGGUAUAGCUGUUCUUUCACUUCACAACCAUGUUUGUUCUGGUCCGAUAGCCAACUGAAAAUUAAACCGAAUAAUUUGAAAAUAGUAUUCGAUUUAUUCACUCGGAAGUAUUGGAAAAGCCCAGUGAAGCUGAAAUUUGAAUUCUGCUUCUCCAACAGGCAUAAAACCUUCUAAUCUUUUGUACCAAAAUAUUACAUUCAUUCAAAUGAUACAUAAAAACAUCUUAAACUUAUCGUAAUCUAAACUAUGAUGCUAACUAACACCAGACAACGCAAAACUAACAGGUAAAAAUCUAAGAAGUAUGUGUUUAAUAGCAUUGCGGGACAAAUGGAAAUCGAAUACGUUUGAAAAACUGUUGAAUAAUCGACACACACUGGAAAAUGGUUUCAUAAUUUAUUCUAGUACGGGGGAUUCCGAAGAUAGAGUUCGACCGCAAGUUAAGUCGAUAUAACACAUGGAUCAAUAAGUCCCGAGACUAACAAUGGAAACAACAUUUUUUUUGCAAAAUUUUUUUUUCAUUCAUCAACAUAAUCACCUUUUAGGGUGAUACAAUGGUUCCAACGUUUUUCCAAUUUUUCAAUACCAUGUUUAUAAAAAAAUCAUCUUUCGCUUCAAAAUAAGCUUCAGUUUCAGCGAUGACCUCCUCAUUUGAGCCAAAUCUUUUUCCCUGUAGCAUCUUUUUAAGAUCAGCAAAGAGCCAGUAGUCACUGGGGGCUAAAUCUAGCGAGUAUGGGGGGUGGGGAAGCAGAUCAAAGCCCAAUUCGUUCAAUUUCGCCAUUGUUUUCAUCGACUUGUGGCAGGGUGCAUUUUGUUCCAUCGAAAGCAAUCGCGGCACCCACUUGGAAAAAACCUUUUUCAUGUUCAAUUUUUCAUGAAGGAUAGUAAAUACACUUCCAUCUGUGCCAUCUCAGCAAUCUCACGGAGCUUUACUGUACGAUCUUUCAUUAUAAUUUUUGUCACUUCACUCACAUUUUCCGGUGCAACGGCUUCCACAGGUCACGGUGUUUUACCCAUUAAAAAACAAUGUUUUAUCAAAACACGAAACUCACUUUUUUCCAUUUUUUAAACAAACUACAAAACGACUCCAACCUCGCUAACUCAGCUGUCUCUGGUCGGAUCGACUUAAAAUUUUGACCCGUUUCAAGCAAAGGUUAGUGCACUAGAAAGACGUGGUUCAUGGUUCACUACGAGUGCCAUCUCUGCUUUAGUCUCGGGACUUAUUGAUCCAUGUGUUAUGUCAAAGAUUAGCUGUUGAAGGAGAUUGGCGCAAUCAAUUCGGGAUAGAAUAAAUACGCAAUCGAAAACGGCUAUGAAGUAUCUCGGACUGAUAGCAAACGGUUUUUGUAGCUUGAAAGGUUAGGUGCACCUUUCCAUGGCAGAUAGCGCAAAGUAAAACGAACGAAUAUUCACAGAACAGCUUCACUUCAUCGCUUAUUGGUUCCAUAAUAAGGAGCCCAAAUAACGAAAACAUAUCCAAGGGUUGAGUGGACUAAAGCACAACAUAACGAUUUCAAUCUGAAGUUUUUUUGAAAUGCGGAACAUGGGCUCUAGCAUCUUAGAAGCUUAGAAGAUAGUAUAUUCAAUAUAAUCGUUGAAAUUGAGUUUGGAAUCCAGUUACUUUUCAAUGCCAUUGAUUAAUGACUGCCGUUUCAGGGAGGCUUCCGAAUAAUUAUAAUGCGAUUAUAAAAAUAAUCGGAUAUUCAGAAGUCCGAUUAUAAUAAUCGAGUAAUAGAUUAAUAACCCUGAUAAUCGACUUAAUUUAAAUCAAUUAGUUUGAAAUUUAUAUUCGUUAAUCUAGUAUUUUUUAAAAUCUGACAUCUCUAAGCUUGAGCAGGCUUUUCUGCAUCGAUCCUUGUUUGUUCUCGUGUGGUGUUUAUACAUUAAAACUAUUCAAAGUGCCGAUCAUAUCGGGUAUCUGUCGAGACUGGUUUUUAAAAAAGUCGGUUUCUGGUUCACACGAUAUCUUCUGAAGUUUAACUAUUAACCGUUGCUGAUCAGUUGUUUUUGUCUCUGGUUCAAGAUGUCCUUCUCGCAGCUUCAUUGCAGUAUUAACGGUAGUGUGCAGGUUGUUUCCAAAACCGGCAUAUUAUCAGCUGAUUCUCAUAGGUAACCAGCGAUUUACAAGGAUGCCUUCCGCCACAAAUUUCAUAAGAUGGAAUUGACAUACGUAACACCUGCGCAAUAUUCCGGAUACCGGAGAAAAAAAUCCGCCAUACUUUCCUAGCGAUGGAAAGUUUUUUUUUGUACUGUGUCAUAUUUUUACGAACGUUAGGAAGGUCAUGCACACACUUCUAUGGCACCGUUCACCACGUACACUAGGAUUUUGUAUUUAACGUUGUUAUACUCGACACUGUGCACCUCGUUGUUAACCGAAGCGAAUGCAAUUGCAUCUCGUACACGUUUAAACAUAAUGUACACAGUGUUCCAAGCCUUGUUGAAUUGAAUCUCACAUCAUUAACGUCUAGAUGCAUUCGUUCUUUUAGCAAGAUUUACAUUUCGUUUACUGCUGGUCUAACUUUACAGCGCUUGAAAUAAAUACAAAUUGAACUGGGUCUUGAAGCCCAAGUUUCAGGCUUUUGUAGAUCAUAUUUGCCCAUUUUGUAAACUCUGUUGUUCACUACACUACACAUUGUCUUUGUUUCUGUCGUUUCGACCGUAAGCGAUUUUCAACUGUGUUGGAUGAAGUGCGAUCACGAACUAAUUUGAAGAAUUUGUUACCAACGAAAUAUAAUUAUUUACUCUCGUUUUCGCAGAAACGUUCAAAAUUUAUGUAGAGCUAUCAAGUUUUGAACGGUUUUCCGAAAUGAACUGUUUUGCCCAUCUUUAGUGCGUGCGCUAUGUAGCUGGAGUCUGAAACGCAUACUAACUGAAACUAGAGGGUGAUUCGAAUCAAUGUUUGCACUGCAGUAAGUGCGGACAUCGAUGACGUCAGAGAAUUAUCUCCCGAUACAAAAUCAAGCCUUCAGGUCUACCUGAGAUGCUUCCAUUUCCUCAUCGGGUCUCGCUUUGUGCGGGAAGCGUACAUUGAUGAUCUUCAGUACGCACAUUUUGUCACUGAUUUGAUUGCCACCAGAGAUGCCAGGUCAUUUUUCCAAAAAUCUGUGAUUAAGUCAAAAACCUGUCUGUGAACAUCUGUGCACGUUUCCCAUACCAUAAUAGCAGAUAGGAAUCAUUUUGGAGAGCAAAAAAAAAACAAAAGGUCUCAUUACCAACACCGCUCUGUACCUUUUUACUCAACCGCUCUGUACUUACUGAAAUCUAUGAAAAUCUGUGCCAUUUUUAAAAUCUGUGCAAAAAGUUGAAAAUCUGUGGAACACAGAUUAAUCUGUUAACUUGGCAUCCCUGAUUGUCACUCAAUCACGCGUUGGCGCAUCUUGUUUAGCACUUCUAAUACUUGACAUUCCACUACUCUGGCACUCAAAGUUCUGUUUUCUACACUUUCCGUCCAGUUCCUGCAGUGUUACGACAUCGAGGAUGCGAGUUUGAAGCUGUUCAUGUAGUAUUAGAAUGCACCCUGGGAAGUCAAACGAUUUGCAAUUCAAUGUGUCGAGCUUUCAAUCGUAUUCCUUAUUUCGUCGCCCUAUUUGUUAGGGCAAGAUAUAACAAAAAACAAAUGAUUGCAGUUCUUUGGUACAAUAUUGACGUUACAUACCACUUCUGAGCAGCUCUACAUGAUGACAAGAAACCAAACCAACACAAAAUUCAUGUGCUUCUAGAUCAGGGGUUCCCAAACUAUUUUGGGCCAUGAACCCCUUUAAUAAAAUUACCUUAGGCCUCAGACCCCAUCAACAAAUUCCUUUGAAAAUUCAAUUUCUUGCUUUUUGAAUAUUGAUGUAAAAUUCUUAGCAAUUUCUGCGGAUGGUCAAAUAAACACAACUUUUUAGCGAAAAUAUUUCAAAUAACAAGUUAUAUCAAACAAUAGGUGGUCGAUUUCUAGACCUCGUCGACCCCCAUAGUCAGUUUUCGUUUACGUCGACCCCCGCAAAAAGGAUAUCGACCCCAAGGGGUCUAUAUCGACCACUUUGGGAACUUCUGUUCUAGAUGAAUGGCAGUAGCAGUUUUUGAAGGCACUCGUUGACGUAAACUUGUUGAUUCAUCGAACGUGUGAUUAUGAAGCUCGUCAAACCACAUCUAUAAAUAGAUGUGCCAAACUUCAUACAAAGUACCCGAAAUAAAUUUUGAUGCGACUUCCGGUUUCGGAAUUGCAGGGCGAUCAAAAUAAAGUCACUCAAUUUUAUCGGUGAUAUCUGAACCGAUUUUUACUAACUAAGAUUCAAAUGUAAGGUCCCUAUACGCGGUUCUUCAAUAUCAUCUGUAUCCGACAUCCGGUUCGGGAAUCACAGGACGAUAUGCACCAAAAAUAUGUAAAUAAUGUUACUCACUUUUCUCGAAUAUGACUUAACCUGUUUACACCAUCUCAGAUUUAACUGAAAGGACUUAAGAUGUCUUAUUCAGAUUCAACUUCCGGUUCCGGAGAUACAGGAUGCUUAGAGUGAAAAUAUCGAUUUCAGGAGAAUGUUUUUCAACCAUAUGAUGAAUAGCGAAUUCCUCAAUUUUUCUAAUAAAUUCUACUAGUCUAUUACAAUAAAAAACAUUUAUCAGAUUUUCAAUACAAUUAAGGGAACAAGUUUUCAAAAUAUCAAACCGUCAUAGAAAAUGACGAUGCUUAAACCGUAAAAAUCUGCUAAGUUGGACUCAAAGCUGUUCUAAUUUGUAUUGUAUAUUAGUCCUUGGUUGAAUGUACCGGAUUUCACUAUAGCAGUUUCUAGUUUUCGGUUCCGGAAAUAGUGGUCAAAAUCUUUAAAAUGUAGCUCACUUCAUUUUCUCAUAUAGCAUUGAAUCGAUUUUCUCUAGGUGGAAGAACACCUUAACGCUCAAGGAAAAUCUGUUUCCCUUCUAUUAAAAUCGUUAUCGAUUCUUCAAUUAUUAUUAAAUCGAUGUUUUUUUUACUGAAUGUUGAAAAACUUAUUUCUAAGGCGACAAAUGUGUUUCUGAACAAAUAAGUAAAAAGAACUAUCAAUCUUUAUUGCACUAAAAAAGUUUGUGCAAAACGACGUAUAGCAAUAAAUUAAAUUACGAUAUAAUAAACUCAACUCUUCUUUUAUUUAUUUCUAAGAAUCAUAAGGAAAAACAUUUCCCAUGAAAUUACAGGAAACUUAUGCACCCAGCUAUGUUUUUCUGGUGAUAUUCUCUUACUUUCCACCCACCAUAGCUAAAAAAUUGUCUUGUACUGACUUAUUUCGUCCUGCACAUCUUAUGGUCGGUCGUGAAAGGGUUAUAACAGGUUUUACCAGUAUAACUACACGUUCAAAUGUAGUAAACGUAUCCCUAUUGCGGAAAUCACCUCAGAGAAAAAGUGACUACUUGGAUAAACUUGAUGUUAUUGCGAAUAUCAUGUCACGACAUUUAAUCCGUAAUAUUAGCAACAAUUAAAAAGAUUUAAUCCGAACUGUUGGCAGUUUCGUUAGCUUUACAUCGUCUUUGACAGCUCGUUUGCUCGUUUAGUUCAUUCUAAACGAACAGCUGUCGUCACUCUGGUUAUAGGCACUCUAGGAAAAAUAAUUUACUACAUUACCACAAUGAUUACAUUACUGUUCACAGCAAUAAAACAAUUGUAACAAUCUCAAAGAGAUUAUCAGUCGACGUGAAAAAAUGUAGACGUAUUGAAUAUCAAAUGCAAUAGUUUUCUUGUUGCGAGAAAUGUUAUUACAUCGAAACAACGUAUUGAGUAGAUUACACCAGCUUGACUGAAUAUUUAGACGAUUCUGAUAGGAAAUUAUACAUCAACCUUUAGAACGACACCAACACAUUUGUGAUAUUACAUCAAAAUUGCUGCACAUCACUACUUCCUACUGAUGUGCAGUGAUUACGGUAUAAUAUCACAACAAUCUCGGUUUCGUUCUAAAGGUUGUAAUAUCAAAGAUAAACUCAAGAUUACAAUGUCCCAUACAGACCAUCGAAAAAUGUUGGAUCAGUAACCGUGAACCAGUGAACUUAGUAAUAAUGCAAUAUUGUUGACCCUUCGGUUAUAAGCGUCGAUAAACAUUGGAAAACGACGGAAAAAUUCCAUAGCAACAAUACAAGUUUGCAAGGAAGUAAACAUACCGUACACAAUAUUUUGUUACUUCUAUUCACUUUAAUGCCUCGUAAGAUCAGAAUAUACAAUAUACGUAAUUAAAUAGAUUCUUAGUAACAAUUUUAAUUGAUUCUUGCUUACCUGUUUCAAGAUCCACUCGAUAUGCAGCAAAAUAUCGCGAUUUCUUCGAUAUUGCAACUUAAGAUUAAUUCUACAUAAAUUGUCAUAGUUACGACGCAUGUAGCGAUUCGACGCUUGUUGUUUUGUUUCUAAUAAUAAUAUAAAAUUGCAACUGACGGCGAACCGAUUUCAUCGAGGGGUCAUAUUUAAAUGGUAUAUGAUCAUAGACUCUUCCAUCUUGAGUUUAUCUUCGGUAAUAUUACACAAAAAGAUGCAAAAUGUCAUAUCAAUAUACAGUAUUCAGUUAAUGUGAUUUGAUGUACUCAAUACGUUGUUUCGAUGUGAUAAUGUGUGAUUUAUCUGCAAUGUUUCUUGAAAACGGAAAUAUUUGCAUUUGAUGUUCAGCACGUCUAAAUUUUUUUCACAUCUACUGAUAAUCACAUUGCGAUUGUUACCAGUAUUUUUUACUGUGUAGGUAAAUUCAAGUGAAGUGAUAUGUGAGAAAAAUUAAAGUGGAAGUGAGAAUUGUAAUAAGGGCCGAUGUGUCAUUUCUACACUUUUGCGCGAAAUUUUUUCACGCACUUGUUGUUAUUUCGGACUCCAUUUUCAAAACAAUGCAAAGCCUAUGUAAGCACGUUCACACACAUACAAUGAUGUGGCGUUAGCGGUAUUUAUUACAACAAUUAUGUAUUUGCCAAAUAAGUCUUACAAUGAAUCCAUUCGCUACAACUGACAUUUUUUUUAUUCUGUUCCAAAAAUGGUGUCUUCUCCCAACUGACUUAGAAAUGUUUUUUGUUUAAGUUUGAGUAAAAAAAUCGAUUCCUUUGCCAUUAUUUUCAUCCUACAGAUAGCAGACCCCAAGUCACGCUCUAGCUUAUGGGUUCAAAAGGGUUAGAAUUAAUAAAUGAACUCGGACGGAUAUGUGGUCGGAAACUCUGCAUGUACAACUUUAUUCAGUUACGACAAAUGUACUGUACCAUAUGGCCCGUCAAACAAUCGACAUUUAUUUUUAAAGAUAAGAUACAAAUUUCACUGUGACAAAAAAAAAACAGAAACCGCAUGCUGUUAGAGAAAAUACGUACCAGCACUAGCAAAGAGUAUGUAGAACACAACUCGAAUGAGAUGUCAUAGAUUUCAUAUUUACUAUAAAAUUUUCUCACAUUUCAAACACAUCAAAAGGAAGAAUCAGAAGCAAACAAGAUGAUUAUAAAAGAAAUAGAAAUACUUACUAAUAAAAAUACGAAUCAGCUCGCUUUUCGAAAGAAAUUAAUUAAAAAUGCUACCUAUCUGCUCUGAAUGGUGUUACAUAAAAUAGUGUGUAUAUCAGAAAGCUUGAGGCAACUAUAAGAAACAUAACAGCGAACUUAGUUGCGUCGAAUUGUUAUUAGAAAUGCUAAUGCACAGAAAGCGUGCAAACUAACAACGUAUAACCCUGUUGAUACAUUCAAUUGUACUGAUAAUAAAUUUAAUGACAUGUA